ACAUGUCGUCAUCUUGAAGAAAGCUAUACCAAUUUUUUUCCCUUAUAAUCUCUCAUUAUAUUACGUACCUUCUCCAUUAUUUAAUUUCUAAGUUAUAUAUACUCAAAAGUUGUCAUGAUGGCAGAUAAAAGAGAGAUGAAACUGGACCUCUUGCCAGAAGAUUGUAUCGUUCAAAUCCUAUCGUUCACAUCUCCUCAUGAUGCUUCUCAAUUGUCUUUGGUUUCGACUAUGGUUCGUGAUGCAGCCCUAUCAGACUUGUUAUGGGAGAAAUUCUUACCCUCUGAUUAUCGAGAAAUCAUCGAAAGAUUAGUUUUGCCAAUUGCGUUUUCGUCAAAGAAAGAGUUGUUUCUUAAGCUCUUUAAACCUCUUCUCAUUGAUGGUGGUAGCAAGAGCUUUUCAAUAGACAAGACAACAAGUAAAAAGUGUUAUAUGUUGAGUGCAAGGGAGCUAUCAAUUACUUGGUCCACCAAUCCCCUCUACUGGUGUUGGAAACCCCUUCUUCUUCACUCAAGAUUUCCAGAAGGCGUGGAGCUUAUUAUGGUAUGUUGGCUAGAAAUCAAAGGAAAAAUAAACACUCGAAUGUUGUCUCCUCGUACAACAUAUGGAGCUUACCUCAUUGUCAACCUCGCUGGUCGUGCUUUCGGCUUAGACUCUUUGCCAUCGGAGGUCUCUGUCAAAGUAGGUGACCACGAAUCGAAAGGAAUCGUAUAUCUACGACGUAACAAUGGCAACAAUAGGAAACAAGAAUUGGAAAUGGUGAUAAUGAGACACAGGGUAGAGACAUUGAGAUCAAGAGUUGAUAGAGGAGGCCAAGAGCAUGUUUUAUGUGAAAGAGAUGAUGGAUGGUUGGAGAUUGAAUUGGGUGAAUUUUAUUGUGAUGGAGUCAAUGAUACACAAGUUACAAUGUGCCUUAGAGAAAUUAAAGGUGAACACCUUAAAGGAGGCCUUAUUGUUGAGGGCAUUGAGCUAAGACCCAAACUAAUUUAUUAACUAACCAAGGGACUUCCUUUGUUUUUUCUCUCUUAUUGGAAUUUUAUUACUAAACAUGUAUGUGUAUACUAUAAACAAAUAGCUUAUUUAAGACAACUAUUU